AUGCCUAUGCUCAAGGAUCCAUCUACAAAAUAUAAGCCCUUUAAGCCGCUUAACCUUCCCAACCGGACAUGGCCCAACAAGACCAUUGAGAAGGCCCCCCGGUGGCUUGCUACUGAUCUCCGUGAUGGAAACCAAUCUCUCCCCGACCCAAUGGAUGGCGAACAAAAAUACCGUUUCUUUAAGAUGCUCGUCGAUAUUGGUUACAAGGAAAUCGAAGUAUCCUUCCCGUCCGCCUCCCAAAUCGACUUCGAUUUCACCCGCCGCCUUGUCGAAGAGCCUGGCCUUACUCCUGACGAUGUCUGGCUCCAAGUCCUCUCUCCCUGCCGUGAGGAUCUCAUUCGUCGCACCGUCGAUUCCCUGAAGGGUGCUAAGAAGGCUAUUCUCCACAUCUACCUCGCUACCAGCCCAUGUUUCCGCCGCAUUGUCUUUAACAUGGACCGGAAACAGAGUCUCGAGAAGGCCGUUGCAUGCGCCAAGUAUGCUCGCUCCAUUACCAAAGACGACCCCGCCAUGGCUGGCACAGAAUGGCAAUUCGAGUUCUCCCCGGAGACUUUCUCAGACACCGAGCCGGACUUUGCGAUCGAGGUCUGCGAGGCUGUAAAGGCUGCUUGGGAGCCUACCGUCGAGAACCCUAUUAUCUUCAAUCUGCCCGCUACCGUCGAGAUGUCUACUCCCAAUGUAUAUGCGGAUCAAAUUGAAUAUUUCUGCACGAACAUGACCGAGCGUGAAAAGUUUGUUGUUUCCCUUCAUCCCCAUAAUGACCGCGGCUGCGCUAUUGCCGCUGCUGAGUUGGCGCAAAUGGCUGGUGCCCAGCGUGUUGAGGGCACUCUUUUCGGUAACGGUGAACGUACCGGAAAUGUUGAUCUGGUCACCCUGGCUCUCAACCUGUACACGCAAGGUGUCUCACCCAACGUCGACUUUUCCGAUAUUCCCUCGGUGAUCAAGGUUGUGGAGGAGAGCAACAAGAUUCCCGUUAACGAGCGGUGGCCAUAUGGAGGUGCCCUUGUCACAAGUGCCUUCUCAGGCUCACAUCAAGAUGCUGUCAAGAAGGGCUUCGCCAUCCGUGAGGCCGAAAACGCCACCGAUGCAGACGAGUGGAUCAUCCCCUACCUGCCCAUUGAUCCUCAAGAUAUUGGACGGACAUACGAAGCCGUUAUUCGUGUCAACUCCCAGAGUGGCAAGGGCGGUGCUGCUUGGAUCAUUCUCCGCAGCCUUGAGCUUGACCUGCCCCGUGCUCUUCAAGUCGAAUUCAGCAAAAUUGUGCAGAAGGAGACCGAGGCUCGUAACCGAGAGCUGCGGCCUGCCGAGAUUGUGAACCUCUUUGAGGAGGCUUAUCACCUCAAGUCCAACCCUCGCUUCAACCUCAUCGACUACAAUAUCACCACCGACCGCUCACAGUCGCCUGCUCCGCCGGAAGCCGGCAAGGCACUUAACACUAAGAACCUUAAGCGUCGCUUCACCGGUAUCGUUGAGAUUGAUAACAAACAACAUGCUAUCACCGGCGUUGGCCCUGGUGCUAUCUCCUCCCUUGCAGCUGCCCUUUCUUCCCUCGGUAUCGACCUCGAUGUCGUUGACUACAAGGAGCACUCUAUUGGUCUCGGUCGGGAGGUCAAGGCUGCCACCUAUAUUCAGUGCACUGCUUCAGGCAGCAAGGAGCAAGUGUGGGGUGUCGGUAUUUCCCAAGAUGUGGUCCAGGCCAGUUUGAUUGCCCUGCUUAGCGCCGCCAGCUCGUUCCUUACCUCCACUGCUGGUUCUCCCGCUCCUUUCCGUCCCAUCCGCUCCAACACCCUGACCAACGAGGACCUCCACGCCCUCGAGCAGCUGAGCGGUGGCCCUGCUGCCCAAGCCAAUGACGGACUCGGUCCCAAGGUUAACAUUGAACAGCUGACCAAGCAAGCCGAGCAGCAGUAA